GCUGUCAAACCGCCUCAGAGGACAACUGUCAUCGUAAUCAAACAGCGAGCCGCGUGUUGCGGUCUCUGUUUUUAUUUGCGUCGUGUGAAAUUCCAUCCACUGCACGACUUUGGUGGAAAAUUCAACCGAUUUCCACUCCUUUUUUCAGUUUGCAACAUCGCCCUAGUGCAACCGAGUGAACCACAAUGCCGAAAGUUAGCUCCCGGCCGGGGCCACCCCGGAAGAUGUCGAUGAACAAGUCGACCCACUCGAUGAACCCGGACCGGCCUACCGAGGGUCUCAAGGGGGUGGCCAAACCGCGUACGAAGGCGACCAUCAAGCGGUUGCAGAUGUACCGGAACUUUAAGGCGAAGCGCGAUCGCAGAGGAAAGAUCCUUACCCCAGCACCGUUCCAGGGGUGGGUUAGCAGCGGUACGGUGGCCCGCGUCGAACCAUCCCCGAAGUGGUUCGCCAAUUCGCGUGUCAUCUCGCAGAAAUCGUUGCAAAAGUUCCAGGAAGAGAUGGGCAAAGCGGUGAAGGAUCCGUACAAGGUGAUCAUGAAGCCUACGAAUUUGCCGAUUACGCUGCUGAACGAAUCGGCACGCUAUCAGCGCGUGCAUCUGCUUGAUACGGAGAGCUACGAAACGGUGUUUGGCAAGAAGAAGCUGCGCAAGCGGCCAACACUGAAGGUACGAGAUCUGGAGGAUCUUACGAAGACGGCGGAGGAAUCGGCUGAGAAGUAUGACGAGACGAAGGAUCACGAUAUCGAGCGCGACGACGGCGGUGUGAAAGAUGCGGUGCGAGAGUACAUUUUUGCGGCCGGCCAGAGCAAGCGUAUCUGGAACGAGCUGCACAAGGUGGUCGAUUCGGCGGACGUGUUGCUGCAGGUGCUGGAUGCACGUGAUCCGAUGGGAACCCGGUCGAAGUACAUCGAGAACUUCCUGCGCAAGGAAAAACCCCACAAGCAUCUGUUUUUCAUCCUGAACAAGGUGGAUCUGGUGCCGAUUUGGGUUACGCAGCGUUGGGUGGCCAUCCUCAGCAAGGAGUAUCCGACGAUCGCUUUUCACGCCUCGCUGACGCAUCCGUUCGGUAAGGGUGCGUUGAUCAAUCUGUUGCGACAGAUCGGUAAACUGCACGUGGACAAGAAACAGAUCAGUGUGGGCUUCAUCGGGUACCCGAACGUGGGCAAAUCGUCCGUUAUCAAUGCGCUGCGCAGCAAGAAGGUGUGUAAGGUCGCCCCGAUUGCCGGUGAAACGAAGGUUUGGCAGUACAUUACGCUGAUGAAACGAAUCUUCCUGAUCGAUUGUCCCGGUGUGGUGUACCCGACGGCAGAAACGGACACUGAGAAGGUGCUGAAGGCAGUGGUACGUGUCGAGCUGGUCAACAACCCGGAAGACUACAUCGAGGAGGUGUUGAAGCGUAUCCGCCGGGAGUACAUCGUGAAGACGUACGGUGUGAAGGAGUGGACGGAUCAUAUCGAUUUUCUCGAACAGAUUGCCCGCAAAAUGGGUAAGCUGCUGAAGAAGGGUGAACCGGACGUGCCAACUGUCGCCAAGAUGAUUCUGAACGAUUGGCAGCGUGGUCGCUUGCCGUUCUACGUAGCACCGGAGGGCUUUGAAAUUCCGAAAUCGUUCCACGAGCAGCAGCAGCAGAAGCAGCUUGGACAGGAGGCGGCAGACGGGGACCAGGAAGAUUUGAACCAAACGGUACAAGGUGGUGACGAGGACCAGAAGAGCACGUAUUCGGGUGUAACGGCCACACCAACCAUCCCCGACACAGUCAAGAAGGGACGCGAGCUGUUCCAGAUACAGGACUUCCGCAAGAUUAAAGUCAAUCUGGAGUUCGAAAGCGAGGACAUUCGUGAAAUCGAUAAGAUCGAUCUGGAGCUGCUGGAGAAACUGAAGGAAGAGAAGAAGGCGGAAGUUAAGGCGAAGCGAGACAACCGUAAGAAGGCGGCCGGUGAUGAGGACGAAGAUUCGUCCGGUAUCAGCGAUUUCUACUCCGAGGACGAGUAUGACGAAGAGCAGGGUAGGGUGGUGCAUCGUAGCGCCAAGGAUAAGGCACCACUUACCAAGAAGAAGCAGAAACCGGAAGAGGACACAGCGGCAGCCGAAAAGGCGGACGAACCGGGAACGAGCACCGGCAAGAGGGCCGUUAAGCUUACCUCCAGACAGAAGCGUGCGAUCGAGCGUGCCGGCAAGCGGAAAAAGAUUGGCAGCAACUUCUACGAGACACAUAACGUUAAAAAUCGCAAUCGAAACAAGAAGGCAAAAAUGGAUGAUGAUUGAGACCGGGUGGACUAGUGCCGUUAAUGCCCUAUUCUUUUCUUUUCUCUUGCUCACUCGCUAAAGGAUUUUCUAUGCUUUUGAGAUAAUAAACCGAUUAUAUAGAGUUUAAAACGAAAAAAAA